GCAGCCCAGCUCAGUCACUCCGGGGCAGGGCCGGGCAGGAUGGGUGGCGUGGUGGGGCCAGAGGGAAGCCCCGGCUGGUGGCCCCCCGGGACCUAGCCAAGGGGUGAAAUAGAUCAGCAAAGGCCCCCGGACUGCAUGGGGGGGCUACCGGAGAAGUUGCCUCUUCGUACCCAAAGAAGGACCCAAGGAAAGUUCCCCCAGCCCUGUGUGAUCACCUAGGACCAAGGGGGGACCGGCCGGGUGCCCCCCUUCUCCCUGCCCGCUGCAGUCACCCGGGUUUCGGCUGCAGGGCGGUUUCUGGACCAUCCCUCUUGGCGGUUUCGGAUCUCGGCGUGGGAACCGCAAUGGGGGCUCAUCGCGGGGUUUUGGCAGCGCCCUGGAGUUGCUGAAGGGGGAGCCGGCGUGUGCGCCCCGGGCCCCAGCCACUGGAGAUGAAGGGGGCGGGGGGGGCACGGCGGGAAAGCGUUUACAUGCCAGCGCCUGUUCCUGUCUUCCACGCCGCAUUGGCAUGUUGUUCCCACUGGAUCGUGACUGCAGGAGAUAAAGGUGCCUUGGAAACCGGGACUGUCUGGGACUGGCAUGGAAGGGACAACUGCCCCCCUGCAGCGCUGUGCUUAGCUCCCCAUCUGUCACCUGAGGGGCAGCGCCUCUUGCUCUGUGAACAAACAUGUGAAGAGAAGACCAUGCGCCCACUAGCUGGCAUGUGCGUAGCUUUGUGCCUGGUGAUCGUGGGACUGGCAGAUGGGGCUCACCCGUGCCUUGUCACUGCCAACAAAGAAAUCGCCACGUGCAAGGGUCAGAACCUGAACCGCGUUCCCCAGCAUCUUCCCUGCACCCUGCUCAGACUGGAUCUCUCGUAUAAUAGGCUCAAAGAGAUCGCUGCAGGAGACUUCUCAGCGCUGACCCGGCUGCAGAGCUUGGACCUGGGCUACAACAACAUCUCGCGCAUCGCGGCACAUGCCUUCGCCUCCAACGUCCAGCUGGAGGAACUCAGCCUAUUCAACAACUCCCUGCGCCAGAUCCCCUCGCUGGCCCUGAAGCCUCUGAGGAAACUGAGGCGGCUGGAGAUGUCCAACAACUUGUACCUCCGCUCAACUCUGGACGAGGUCUUCAGCACUCUGAGGAACCUGCAGGAGUUCUCCAUGGGUGGGUCUCUGAUCCAGAUGGUCGGUAAGUGGGACUUCCUCCCGCUGAGGGAUAUAGCCUUGCAGAAGUUUGCCCUGAAGACGGCGUCCAGCCUACUGGAGUAUCAAGAAGGGGCAUUCUCGGUGCUCAAUACCACAGCCCUGUGGUGCGACAUAGCCCUGGACAAAAAUGCCCAGGCCUUGCCCAUGAUGCUGCGGGACCUGAGGGGUAAGCCGCUGCAGUACCUCCGCUUCCGCAACCUCUUUGAGUUCACCUACUACACUGAGUCCGCAGAUCUCUUCUCUGGCUUGGCUGAGAUGCGAGCCAGCAAGCUGGUCUUCUACCGGGGCAAGUUCAACGAGAACCUGCUACGUCUGGCCCUGCUGAACAUCCAGAAGUCCAGCAUCCGCGACCUCUCCCUGGUGGCCAUUGACUUCGCCCGCUCUUCCCAGUGGAACCGCUCGGAAGCAGGCAUCGCCAACCUGACCCUGGACAGCUUGUUGCUGAAAGACAUCAGCAAUCCCGACAUCCUGCGUUUUGACUGGACCUUCACCUGGUUCAGCGGUGUGGUCAACCUCUCCAUUCUCAACAUCAACUUCAACUUCGUGCCCUGCGACACCUGGGACGAGAUGCGCAACGUGGUGAACCUGGACAUCUCCAACAACCGAUUGAGGGACGCCUACAUCUACAACCAGGGCUGCAACUACCAGGACAUCAUGCCCAAACUGGAGCGGUUCCUUGUGGCCAAAAACGAGCUGACCAGCCUGGCCGUAGUGGCUAAGCUCACAGCCAAUUGGCCUCGCCUGACCCAUAUCAACGCCAGUCACAACCGCAUCGGGGGCCUGAAGGAGACCGCGUGCCAGUGGAAUCCCAGCCUGGUCUGGCUGGCCCUGGACCACAACACUGUUACCAUGGAGAUCUUCAAGUGCCUGCCCAUCACGCUUCACUACCUGGACCUGUCCUCCUCUGAGCUGGACCGGCUGGAGAUGAGCUACUUUGUCCGCUGCCAAAACCUCCAGGAGCUGAAGCUGAGUGGAAACAAGAUCAAGUUCAUUCCCUCAGAGUGGAGAUGCCCCAGCCUGCGAAUACUGGCCAUGGAUGGCAACUCCUUUGGUGUCAUCAGCAAGGGCUCCUUUGUCAACAUGCCAGAGCUGACCAGCCUCAAGGCCGGGAACAACCCCUACCACUGCACCUGUGACCUCUACGGCUUCCUGCAGGAGACUCGGAGGAAGGGUAAGCUGACCCUGCUGGACUGGCCUGGGGGCUGGACAUGCUUCCAUCCGGAGUCCCUGCUGGACGUGGGCGUGGCUGCCUACACCCCAGGGCUGACGGAGUGUGAUGUGAGGGUGGUGGUGGCCAUCUCUGUCUCAGUCACAGCUGCUGUGAUCAUUGCAACCAUGGUGCUGUGCUGGAGGUUCGACGUGCUAUGGUAUCUGCAAGCCACCUACCGCAUCGUCCGGUCGAAGUACCGCGCCCGCCACGCUCACCCCACUCGGGCCUAUGCCUACCAUGCCUUCAUCUCCUACAGCUGCUCAGACGCCGACUGGGUGAGGCAGGAGCUGCUCCAGCGGCUGGAGAGCUCCAGCCCCCCGUACCGCAUCUGCAUCCACGAGAGAGACUUCACACCGGGCAAGUGGAUCAUCGACAACAUCAUCGAGAACAUCGAGAGCAGCUACAAGAUCAUCUUCGUCCUCUCCCGCAGCUUUGUCGACAGCGAGUGGUGCAACUACGAGCUCUACUUUGCCCACCAGCGGGCCGUGGGGCUGGGUUACGAGGACGUCAUCCUGGUGGUGAAGGAGGCCAUCGAUCCUCAGAGCCUGCCUCACAAGUUCUGCAAGCUGCGGAAGAUGCUGAGCACCAAAACCUACCUGGAAUGGCCUUCGGAGCCUAGCCGGCAGCCUUUCUUCUGGGUACAGCUCAGGAACGUGCUGGGGAAACCGGGAGCGGCCGAGCCCAGCCAGGACCGGGUCUCGCUAGCCAGCGUGGAGUUGGGCUCAGAUGAGAGUAUGGACAAUCCAGGUGAAGAGGAAACUGCCAUCGAUGCCGUGGCUAGCCCUGUGAGCUAGCG